UCCACCUUAUUCUGCCUACUAUACCAUGACGGAGUGGGGGAAAGCAAGCCAAGCCCCCCGGGGGGGGGUAAAGCAUACUCGAAACAGCGAGGAGCAUCAGUGGUAAGGGGGAGCGAGGUCGAACUUGACGGGCUGAUUUUGUUAGGCUUUGAUUUGCAACAGUUUGCCACGUUUUUGGCAACGCCUCUAAAUGGACACCUUCCUGAUCAGAAUGCCUAUGCUCGGCAAGAGAAAUUUAGCUCCCCUCCCCCCAGUCACUUUACUCCUGUAGGACAAGCGCUGGAUGUUUACGAGAUCUCGGACGUCCCGAUGCGGUACACUGAUGUGAACCGAGAAAGCUUGGUAUUAAAGAGCCUUCAACUAUCACUAUGACGCUCCUUGCGAAGAUCAAUCUGCGGCCUUUGUUCUUCCUUCAAAAGGCCCAACACUCACACUCCUUUCCUCCCUCGUUCACUCGUUACAUACACCACCGUUAUAAUGCGGUCGUCUACGCCCGUCUGGCCUUCUCACGCAAGGGCUUCGUCCUCUUCACCUACCACCCGAUACGCUCGAGCUAAUAUGAACGACUGUGUCAAGGCCGGCUCUAACACCGGUGCCCAGGAGGUCUUCCAGACGAUCUAUAACGGACGAAAGAGCUGGAAGACAUUGCGAGGGGGGGAGAUGGUUUGGCCCGCAGAGCUCGAGGCCGCUUUAAUAGAAGGCUUGGAGCAGUACCAACCAGACGAUUCGAGGGAGACGCGACUCCUAGGUCGUUUCCCCAUGCGCAACCGCUUCAUAUCUGAAUACAUCUUCCGGAAGACUGGGAGACGGAGGACGGCCAAGCAAGUUGGGAGCCGCCUCCAACAGCUCAGGGAGACCUGCACAGGCAAGCGUCUCAUGGAUCUCCUCUCUCCGUGUCGUCGACUGGUCUCGUCUUCACUGAUUCGCUCUCAGUAUGGCUCUCACCACGGUCUCCCCUCGCUUAAUUGCGACUCUGCUUCAUCGAGUGGAAGCGCGAGCGUGCCAAUCACGCCUACAGAUGAGGUAGCCUCUUUCGGGUUCCCGUCCAGCGAGAAGCAGAACGGCACCGCCGCCGGUAGUGCUGGGCGGCAGCACACUUACUGCAUCGACAUCCUCCCCGACCAUGCCACCCACAGGCACGGCUCCGCCCCUGCAUCUGCAUCUGCAUCCGCAUCCGCCAUCACGGACAACGCAAGACGGAUCUCCGACGACCCUAGGCCCAUCCGCGCCAUCGACCCUACGCUCACCUUCCUGUCCCGCUCUCCGAUCGAAGCGAACUCGAACUUUACAGUCGUUGCAGACGGGAUUGUUGUCUUUUCAGAGAUGACAAACCUGACUUUACGCGAUACGCCACCUAUAGAAGCCGCACCCGGUACCGAUGGUGCUCUUCUCUAUACCACUCCGCUAGCACCAGGCUACUGGAAGACCAUAUCCGACAGCUCCGACCCCACGAAAUACACUAUCUGCCAAGACAUAGUGGAAACCACCACCACCCACUCUUCUAGAACUCUCUAUUCGGCGAUAUACAAGUUCAGCUAUCCCGCCGCCGGACAUUCCGCGAGCGAUCCCGCACUACUCUCUGCUCCGCACUUUGCAUUCACUUUCGAUACCGUGCCGACCGAUUGCUUCGGUACCGACGACUCGACAGAAAUGAUGGAGUAUGGCAAGCAUGAGAGCCACCCUGUGUACGACUUUGCCCCCUUCGACGACGCUGCCUGGGGCUUCUCCUCCACUCCCCCUCACUCUGACAGAAGCUCAGUCGAGAAGACCGCACCCAGUCCCCGUGAAGUCUUCGAUAAUCAUUCCACCCCUGGAUCAAGUUCGCCAACAUCUGUUUGUUUCCCAACGGAGUUAUCAAAUUACAUGAGCCAGACUUACCAAAUGCAAUUGUAAAAUCAAAUGUAUUAAUCCAUUGUAAACUUGUCGGAUUUUCAUUCCACAUCUUGCUGUAAUAGCAUAUCUCUCUAUCAUCAUCGCCGCUUUUUUGUUUUUUUUUGCUAUUGGAGUUAUUAUUUUUCUAAUUUAACUGGGAUCUUAGCCAUCGUAUUUACACUAUCAUCACUUUCUCGUAACAGCAAGUCAUUUAUUGUACAUAUAUACCAUAACCUCGUGUGUACGGAGCUCAAUUUAGAUGAACUUGGAGCUCAAUGAUGCCUCUGCCCGA